AUGGUUGUUCCCGGUUUUAUCCAGUCUUUUAUAAUGACCAGAAGGGACCCCGAUGAUGCUUUCGACGUCCAAACUUCGAUUCGUCGAUUUCAACCGUACGUCCACAGCCGCCCAAUUUUACUUUCCGUACCACCAUCGCGUCGUAACUUACUUCUCGGCAAAAAGACGACCAAUCAGUUAGAACUUGGUUGGAGAACCUCAAUUGCACUUUCAUCACAGGGAAUGAACAGUGCAGUGACCACAAAUUAA